CAACAAGGUUAUUACGCAUGUGCCCCAACUAGCAAGAGGCUGGGUUGGGUCUUGUGGAACACAUUUUUUUCUUUUUAAUAGCGUUCUUUCUUCUCUAAAAUUGGCUCCCGUACAAACAGCCGCGUUGGAUCCGUCGGCUUACUGCGAGACUCCGGUCUACAACCCGGAUCUCUGCCCUAACAUGAUAGCCGCCCAGGCCAAGCUGGUGUACCACCUCAACAAAUACUACCAGGAGAAAUGYCAAUCUCGGAAGGCGGCCAUCUCCAAGACCAUCCGGGAGGUGUGCAAGGUGGUGUCGGACGUCUUGAAGGAGGUGGAGGUGCAGGAGCCCCGCUUCAUCAGCUCUCUCAGCGAGAUGGACAACCGCUUCGAGGGRCUAGAGGUCAUCUCCCCCACRGAGUUCGAGGUGGUGCUCUACCUCAACCAGAUGGGGGURUUUAACUUCGUGGAUGAUGGGUCUCUGCCGGGCUGCGCCGUGCUCAAGCUGAGCGACGGCCGCAAGAGGAGCAUGUCUCUCUGGGUAGAAUUCAUCACYGCCUCCGGCUACCUCUCUGCGCGCAAGAUCCGCUCCAGAUUUCAGACCCUAGUGRCGCAGGCCGUGGAUAAAUGCAGCUAUAGAGAUGUUGUCAAAAUGGUGUCUGACACCAGCGAGGUGAAGUUACGCAUCAGAGACAGAUACAUCGUUCAGAUCACCCCGGCUUUCAAAUGCACCGGGAUCUGGCCCCGCAGCGCAGCGCACUGGCCCCUACCGCACAUCCCCUGGCCGGGGCCYAACAGGGUAGCCGARGUAAAGGCCGAGGGAUUCAACCUUCUCUCUAAAGAGUGCUACUCGYUGAACGGAAAACAAAGUUCKGCAGAGAGCGACGCCUGGGUCCUGCAGUUCGGYGAGGCCGAGAACCGCYUACUGCUGGGAGGYUGCAGGAAGAAAUGUCUGUCGGUCCUYAARACGUUACGRGACCGGCACCUUGAGCUGCCUGGGACGCCCCUCAACAACUACCACAUGAAGACUCUGGUUUCUUAUGAGUGUGAAAAACAUCCACGGGAGUCUGACUGGGACGAGAACAACCUCGGGGACCGUUUGAACGGGAUUCUAUUGCAGCUUAUUUCGUGUUUGCAGUGCAGGAGGUGUCCCCAUUACUUCCUGCCUAAUCUAGACCUGUUCCAGGGGAAACCUCAUUCUGCUCUAGAAAAUGCAGCCAAACAGACCUGGCGACUGGCGAGAGAGAUUCUGACCAACCCCAAAAGCUUGGAGAAACUCUGAGGUAAAUGUGUGUUAUAGUGAAGGAGGGUCAGUGAGAGGCCUGGUGAUGUAUCAAAGGACUAUGGACAGAAAUGAUCACUGCACCCCUGUUUUAUCCACGGUCUUGUAAAAUGUGACUAUCCUCUGACGAUGAAGACGUUUACUCUGAGAUCAUUUUUAUUACAUUUAGUCAAAUAUGACCCUUCUCUUAAUUAUAUUCUGUGAUGUCAUAAUUUAGGAGCAAAUUGUACCAUCAACCCACAUUCAAGGUUAGGUUACAAUGCAGUGUUAAUCUUUCGUUAUUUCUCUCCAUGCCCACGGUUGUCUAAAUCGUUUAUUUGCUUAAAUGCUUUAAAAUAAAGCCCCCAUACAAGCCUUGACAAAAUAACUGUACAAUUUCUACUGUAAAUACAUUCAUAGGUUGUGAUUCCAGUGGUCUGAAAUUGUGUAUGUUGUUCUGUGACAUGUAAACUUAAGAGCUCAAUUCCACCUUUUAAAGUAAAACGCCUGAACAUUUUUUUAUUUGGUAGAAAAUAAAUUAGUACAUUCAUUUCAGUGAUAGUCUGCUGUAUCUGUUGUCAGUGGACAUUUUCAAAUUUUGAAAGUUUACAUUUUGAUGGUAUUAUCUGUUACGUUAAAAAACAUUCCAUAAACAUACUUGAAUUCUUAUUUAAAGUAUACUCGAUCAUUUUUGUUUGUACCUUGAUAACAUGAUAAAACCUGAAAAUAAGAAAAUAUAUAUAAAUACAGUCUAAUUGAAAAGAAAAAAUGCACUUGAAAUACACUGGAUUAUAACAUUUGUGAUCUGAUUUUUUAUUCCUGUCUCUGAUUUAAUUUAAAGAGUUAGCCUAAUAAAAACCAGCUAUGUAAUA